AAAUACGUCUGCAUGGCGCCAAUUGCGAGUUGAAUAUGGAGAUGUCAGGAGCGCUGAGUGUUUGCGGUUAUAAUGCGGUUUUACAGACUGAUUAAGCGUCUGUUGCUCUUCAGUAGCUGAAUAUUUAUCUAUCUGUGCUAGUGAUACAUAGGUUAAGUAGUUAGCUCGUUAUUUAGCUGCGGUUUCCCGGGUCUGUGUCUGUAAACAGUGUAAACUGUUAGCUGGUUAAGCUAACUCUAACAGAAAGUCACAGUUAGAGAGUGUAAUUACUGCAGGCUGCUGUCUGUGUAAAGCGGAUUAUUAACAUGUGGAAUAACGUGGAGCUUCUGAUAAAUGAGGACACGAACACGGUCCGCCUGUCCGGCGACUCUGAGCUGAGCAGCGCUCUGUAUCAGGUGGACACGCUGGUGAGAAUCUCUCCCUCUGAACAGGUCCAGUCUAACUCCAGGAUCUCCGCUUCAAAUAACCUGAACUGCUGCCUGGUUGUUGCGGAUGCCACUGUGGUCCUCUUUGACCCCAGUUUCCAAACUGUCCUUGUUCACCUGUAUUUCGAUACUGUGGUGGAUGCCGUGAGUGUUUGUCCCCAGGGACGUUUCCUGUUUGUUGGAGAAAGGAAUGGCAAUCUUCACGUUAUACAUGUUCCUACGAAGAAGACCAUUUUGACCAAAACACUGCAGCAGCCCCCAUCAAAUGGUGGACAGGCGGCAUUCUAUCAGAGCCUCAUUCUGCAUGAAUCGCUGAACUCUCCAGGAUUGUACCAUCUUUUUGUUAUUGUCCGUGAUGGAUACUUCCAUAUUUCCAAUCUUGCUUUGGAGCAGACUCAGAAAGCGAUUGAAAGCCUGGAUCUCGGGGCCCUUAAUGAGAUCCAGUCUCGCAUUAAAAUGGACUUCAGCUCCACUAAGGAGAUCUGCAAGAACUGUUCCACCUCAGCAGCGCUGGCCUGCUUCGGCAAUGAAGUUCACCUCAUGAUUGGAGCUGUUGGUGAAAAUAUUAUUUCUCAUUGGUGCCUGGAUCAGAAUCAGGGGUCACUCUCUCUUCUAAAUGUCCUGGACUCAACUUUAAUGCCGGGUGUGAAAAAGAUUCAAGUUGUGGACAAUUUGAUGUACAUUCUAAAUGAAGAGAACAUGCUGAGUUUGUGGGAUGUGCGCUCGCUGGUCAUGUUGUGCUGUUGGCCUGAUCUUCACAUCCUUGAUUUCCUGCUCAUCACAGAAGGGGAGCUGACGUCUAUUGGAACACAAGAGGGCACUAACAUGAAGAUCAUGACCUUGACUGCAGUGGAGGGGAAGCCUGAUCUUCGGAAGCUCUUGGUUCAGUCUCUUCCCACUAUGGAUGUUCUGUACUCUCUCGAGGUGUCUGCUGUGUCUUCACUGGUACAGAACACAGUUAGCACGGAUGUCAUCUAUUUGUUGGAGGGCGUUACUAAUAAUUCCAAGAGUCCUGAAGAAUCAGCCUUCAGUUUAGUCCUGAGAUGCUUCACAGAGGCUUUACCAGAGAACAGGUUGAACAGACUUCUGUACAAGCACAAGUUUGAAGAAGCAGAAAAGUUUGCAAUAGCUUUUGAGCUUGAUGUGGAGCUGGUGUAUAAGGUGAAGUUGGACUUUGUGUUGGAGAAGCUUGCCUCAGUGGCGGUUAAUGGACAAGGACAGGAUGUGUGGUCUGGUCUUGUUGAGGAGGCCAAAACCAACCUGAUGAAAAUCAUGGAUGAGCAGUAUGUGCUCCAGUACUGCCUCAAUGCUUUCUGGCCCACACUCGGUACAGCUGAGGAGAUGCUGAACUACGCUGCAAACCGCUUCCCAUCAUCCCAGAUCCAAUCAGCUCUCGCAAAACUCGCCACGUUCUGCAUCCUCUACGGUUCAGACAACUUCAAUGGCGUUUCCUGGAUUGAGUUUCUGAACAGCACAGAUUACCUAAAAAUUAUCUUCAGACUUCUGCGGGAGGGCAAUAUCAGCAGGGCACAGUACCUGUGGCUUCGACAUGAGGAUGAGUUUGCCUGCAAGUUUAAUGAGAAGUCUCUGCAAGUUCUGCUGAACUCCAUCCCAUCAGACAUCCCAUCAAAUGACCUCAGAGUGUGGCUAAAGGGUGUGGUCUUUCCCUUCAUGUGGAAAGUUUUGCCAAAAGGACAGAGAAUCCUGGCCAGAUGGUUGGAACUGCGUGCAAGAGAUCUGGAACUGACAGAAAAGAACGGCUGGCCUCAGAAUGGACUGAUGCUGGCUGAGCUCGGCCUGCCGUCCGUUUGGAUGUCCACUAAUCUGACUGAAGACUAUGGAACAGAGGAGGUGGAGCAUCUGAAGCUGCUGGUGAACAACUUGCGGCAGCUGUGUGACCUCUACUCCAAAUACAACUGCCGGCUCUCGCUGUCUGACUUUGAAAUGGGAAGCACGCGCAGUAUGGCAUUUCUGAUGCUGGAUAAAGUACUGGCUCCAGAGCUGAUUCCUGGAGUGGUGGAGAGCAGUGUGAGACCCUACGCUCUCGAGCACAGACUUGAUCUCGAUCACAUUCUGUUAGAUUACAUCAAGGACUUACUGGAUUGCUGCAGCUCUCAGAUCACCUCUCUGUUCACUGAGUGGGAGGAUAAAGCCGUUGCUGUGCUAAACUGCAUGACUGACACCAAUCUGGUGAUGGAUGCCGUGCUCGAGAUAAUGUACAAGGCUGUGGUCCCCUGGAAUGACACAAUUGAGAAACUAGUUCAACAGCAUCUGGAAAAGGAACAUCCCAAACAGGAGCUUCUAAAAGAGAGCUAUCGUUUGAUGGAGCUGAAGAAACUUCUUCGAUGUUAUGGGAUUCGCAACUUGACACUCUCUAACUCAAGAGAGACCAUGAUGCUGGUGAGACACAUUUUGAAGAAGGACCUGCCCACCUCCCUGGAGGACUCUCUGAAGCUAGCUGAAGCCUAUAAGCUCCGCUCAUCUGAAAUCCACUACAUCUACUGUAUUCAGCUCCUGGAGAAUAAUGAGAGAGAGAAGUGUAUAGCGCAGCUGAAAAAACUGCCACCUGCAGAGGCUGAAGUUGUAAUUGAACGUCUGGCCAGUUGGGCAAGACUUAAGCUGCAAGAUGAUUACCACAUUUGUGAGGAGCUAAAGAAACUGCGGAUGCAAGUUGCCCAGACGUUGGCAGAGGCGCUGAAGUACCUGCAGGGCAUCCAGAAAGACAAUGCCCUGAAGAGGAUGGUGUGUGAGGACCAAUUAAAAAUGUUCACAGCCAUAGCUCACCUGCAGGAGGACUUUGACAUCUUCCUGACCCCUGAGGAAUAUGAUGAUCCUGCAGUGAGACACAAGUUCAACCAGCAGCUCAUCACUGCGUACGAGAACACGAGAGCCUGGAGACACUCGGGGAAGAAACACCCAGAUAAAGUUAAUAUCGUUAAAGCAGACAGUAACGUCAAAGCUGCGGUCGCUAAUGACCCUGACGGUAAAACUAAAACCCUGUCCACUGAGGCUGGCCUGCACCGCCUCGCCCGACACCUCCAGAGGACUGAGCAGGAGCUGUGGGCCGACCUGGCUGUUCGAGCUUUAGAGGCUGGUAAUGUGGAGAAGGCACUUAAAAUUCUUAGUGAGCUGUAUGAGCAUCAUCCCAAUUCCAGCACAGGGAGAGUUCUCUUCAGCACAGCUCAGCGCCUGUGCCAGAUGCUGGAGGAUAACCUCCCGAUGGUCCUGCCUGAGAGAGUGAACCUCCCGGAGCUCAUCCACAACCUGGCCUGCCAGGCCAUCACUAUCUGCCACACAGAUCUGCUGCUGGACUGUCUGGAGUUGUGUAAAAGCACCCGUGGGGCUGCUGAUGUUUACCGCCAGUGUCAGAUUGAUGACUAUGGUUUUGUUGCAAAGGAUGCUGUGCUGAAUGGUGAGGAUGAUGCCUACACUGAGAGCAGCGUUCAGGAGAUCUUUAAUGAGGAUGGAAUCGUGCUGGAUCCAGUCUCAGUGCUUCCAGUUCAGUAUAAGAUCACCACCAGUCUCCUGCCUCUCUCAGACUCAGCGUUCCAUUCACUGGGAUGCUCUUGUUUGUCGUACUGUGCUCUUCAGGAAGACACAGACUUCGUCCGGCCGCUGCUGGGCCCCAUGUCCACUAUGCUUCAGAGUCUGCAGGAGUGCAGUCAGUUAGAGCUGGCCCUCAGGCUCCUGCUGGAGUCUUACGGCAGCAUUUUGCAGCAUUUUGUCUCCAACAACAUGGACCUCACUCUGAGUGUGAAGCUUCACUCCAACACUCGUUUAGCCAGAGACAAGCAGACUCUUGAUGCGAUAGAGAAGACUGCUUUGUCCUCCAUCAGAGUGGUUGUGGUAUCCUUGUUGCAUAAGGUUCUGAAUUGGAGGGUAGUAGAUUGUGACUAUGCCAUUGGACUUUGCACUAUUCUGUGUAAAUCUGAGGUGCUUGGUAUUCUGUGGAAAAUAAUAACGAGUGCUUGGCAGAACUACGACAAGAUCAUGGCUGUUGCUAUGGUCGGUGCCCAUUUCUGCUCCCUCCACAGUAAUAAUGAAGAAAGAGAGAAGUUCUUGGCCGUCAUUACAGAUGCAGAAUGGGGAAUUAAACUUGGAAAACUCGGGGUUUCUAUUCAGUCGGUGUUUAGACAGUGUUCUGAGACUAAGAGGAAUCUGAUUCCAGUCCUUGUGAAGAACAGAAGAAUCACAGCUGAGAUGUUGCAGGGAUACUGCAACACAUACGGGCUUGACAGUGACUCUGCUGUCAGUCUGUUCAUCACUACCCUGCUGCUGCAGGAGGAGCGAGAGGAUAAACAGGGUGUGCUGGGAGCUGGAGACUCUGGAUUGGCCCUGGGAGAUGAAGACACACCACUGGCUCAUGAAGACAUCCUGGAACGAGCUCUGAAGAUUGUUCCUCAGCUGAGCUCCACCAGUGACCUGGUUAUCAGGCUGCACACAGCGCUCACCAAGUUAAAUCCCUACAACUACGAGAGGAUUGAGAGAGUGCUGAAAACCAUUCAGACUGCUGAUGAAAGUACAGCUGUGUUACCUCUCAGUCAGAUGUUGGGAUUACUCCAGCACCUGAAAUCCCACAAACGUAUUUCUCCUCCCAGUGAGCUGGAGAAUACCUAUCUUCUGGAGAACUCUCUGGAAAGCACGCCUCUUGCUAACACACGCCUGCCAUUUCACCUUCUACUACAGACAAACCACUCUUUCUGGAAAAUAGUUUCUCCUGAGCUGAAUGAGGAGACGUUACCCACGCUGCUCCUCAUAUCCAAACUCAUGAAGGUUAGUCUGGAUAAGCUGUACAUCUUGACCGUGAAUCACGUCUUCAAGCACGACCUGAUGCCCUUGCUGCUGGACCAGACUAAACGCACGCAGGGUCACGGCCCCAAGAGAGACACUGCCACUGUCAUACAGAAUAUAUUUAAACACACGGUCUGCAUUCAGAACCUGGAACUGGCUGCAGCAACCAUCUACAAGAUUGCUCAGGAUGUGCCAUCAGGUACAGAGAAAACCAUGUUUUUAAAAUUCAGCUUGGAGCUUGUUCAGAAAUUGCUGAAGUCUGAUACUCUAGAGGAGGAGUUAAAGACGAGGGGGGAGAUGCUCACCUCUAAGCUGCAGCUGCAGUACCAGCGCUCAGCCACAGAGAACGCCCUCAUAUCAUUCCAGCUCGACUGUCCGGAGCUCCUCAAACUCACAGGUCUCCCCGGCCGCCUCAUCGUCGCUCUGUUUGAGCACAACUCUGUGGUGGAGCGCAUGAAGGGCCCUGCUGGCCAGAUCUACCCUGAUAUUCAUACUGUGGCUAAAGAGAUUGCCACCAUCAAUGGAGUCGACCUCCUGAAGAUCCGGAAUAUUCUUUUGGAGAAGUGGCUUUGUAAAACUGAGCAGCCGAAUGACCAGGAUGUACACUAUCAGGAGCAGAUCACUGAUGUUACUGAUGACCUAGAUCUCAUGAGAGUGGUGUAUUUACUGCAGAUGCAUCCGAUGGAUAUGAGUGCCCGCUUGCUCAGUCCAGUCCUGACUGCAGAGAUAUGGCCGUUGGGCGGCUCGGGUCUCAGACUGACCUUCGAGCAUCGGAGCCGUGCUCUGCUCUGUCUCAUUCACAUCGCUGACUCUGCCACGCUGGAGACUCUGUCCCACACACCCAGAGAUAAAGUCAAAUACUAUCUGAAAUGCUACGUUUAUCUUUCACAACUGGAAGCUCUCAACAUCCCAUAUAACCUGGAGAUGUUCCACAGCAGCCCUAAAGAAGGCAUGAUUAAGGGUUUAUGGAAGAACCACAGUAAUGAGCCUCAGGCUGUGCGUCUGGUGGCAGAUCUUUGUUUGGAGUACGAGGUGUUUGAUACUCAGUUGUGGAGCGGAAUCCUGCAGAAGCUUCUGGUGUUUAAUAUGAUAAGCUAUCUGCAGAAGAUUCUGGAAACUCUCAGAGGAGUGCCCAGUCUUUUAGAGGUGGCGAGUUUCUCCAGAACCUGGCGCAGUGUGAUCCUCGCCCCCUUCAUGACGGCCUCUCUUCCUCUAAGCCCCCACCAGCAGGCCGUCUUCUACAGGACGUUUGCACUUCUGCUGAAAUGCCCGUUUCUGUUGAAUCUGGAUCUGAUUGGGAUCGCUAAGCGCUUCGCUCAGUUUAAUCUGAUGGCCUACUCUCUUGGGACCCUCCUGCUGAUCCCCUGUGCAGAAAAGAGGCAACAGCAAAUCCAGAGCUUCCUGUUGUCCUGUAACCCUGCUGUGAUUCUGGAACAGCUGGAGGAGAGCAUGAACACUGGAGAGCUGGCUGGAAUUCCUGCUCAGGUCAGAAACACAGUGCUGACCUUCCUUUUCCAAAAUGGCCGCUACCAGGGACUCAUUAACACCAAACACUUUGGGGGUCUUAUGACUCACUUCGCCUCUAAGGGUCACGCUGAGCAGGUGAACGAGCUGAUCAAGCACCUCGUGAAGCACAACAGGGAGGAAGAAGCCAUUCGUCUUGCUCAGGAGUAUCUGAGAUGUAAAGAGCUCAAAGCAGGAACAAGAACUCCUUCAAAAGUAACUUAUUCUGACCCCAUCAAGGAGUUUUUGGCUCAAGCGAUGGAAUCACACGGCCAACUCCAGCCCUGAGAGAAAAGGGAAAAUGACCCUGUAUAUAUACUGCACUUUUUUUCUUUACAAAAGAGUAUUAAAUAAAGGUUUUGUAUCUAA